GACAGAGAGCAGAGACUCAGAGGGAAACACACGUACACGCACACACUCUCACACACAUAAGAGAGGGGAAGAGUUUGUCCCGGUGUGUUUCACUCACAGGUAGACUAACGGGGCUGCAGGUGGGAUGUUGUCGGACCGCUGACUCCGCUUUCACCCCCCUCGGCUGGUUGUUUCACAGCGGUGGGAGUGGGAGUGGGAGUGGGACCGGAGCGGCGACACGGAGCCCGGAGCAGCGACCGCACAGCGACGCACAGACUCCGGGGAGAGAAGAGGGGGAUCAUGGGCUCCGCUUCAUCUUCAUACCGGGUCAUUUACCUGGACGUGGACGGCAGAAUCCAGAAGGUAAGACACUCACUCACAGUCCGCUAUAAUGACGAUUUGUGUGUAUCGAACCGAUGCACGAUAUUUUAAUUGGUCUGCAAAUACACAAGAUAUAAAAGCACUUAAAAUUAAGACAAAGACAGACUGGUGUAAAGCCAAAAGAAAGAAACAAAAGUUUUAAGAUACGGCUUAAAUCAAACUCAAUUACAGACUUUUUGGUGAAUAAAAUGUCAGAAAAAGGUAAAAAUAUUGAUCAAAUUUUCACAGAAAACAAUGAAUAUGAAAUUUGUUGAAAUGAUGUUAAAGAUUUACUGAGUUUUUAAAAAUCUUAAAACCUCCCAUGAGAAUAUUUUUUGCAACUGUUCAUCCCACUGUGCAAUGUGACGUCAAAAUGACAUCGAUUUAACAUAUUUUUUCGAUGAUGUGGAGGUCAUUUCAACAUCUAAAAGAGGUCCAGUAAUGAAGUCUAAAUCUUGGAUCCAUUUUGCAUGCUGUGCCGACUUCUAGAUUUGGUCUUCAGAUGACGUCUAAAAAAGGUUUAAUUUGGACGUCGAAAUUUCUAACUUAUUUUUCCCUUCUAACUGACGUUGAGAUGUGAUCUUUGACAGACCGACCCAAUACUGACUUGAUCUGCACGUCUCUUUGAUGUCCGAUGGUUGGUGGGAUUUUUUAAGAUAAUUAACAUAAACAUGUAAAUGAGUUUGUUUUUUUUUACUAUAAUUUUAAUGUAUGAAACCGUGUGAGGGGGUAGGUGUCAGCCAACACAGAAUAUUCACAACAAUGAAACAUUUGUUGGUAAGAAGUCAGUAUGAAGAGAUUAUUGGUAAACUGAACAUGCAGAGGACAAGAUAAGCAAUUACUGCUUUGUCCACAAGGGGCGCCAAAGCUGACACUAACUAAAGUGCAAUAAAAGAAAAGGGUAAAUAAUGUGACCAGGAAGAUUUUUCUUUUGUGCAUUUUUCAGCUAAAGUAUUUUGUUGACAUCUGAGAAAAAGCUAGGUACGGAUCAGGAGAAGGAGGCGUAUCGUAAAAAAUCGAAAUGUCACGAUUAAAGCGGAAAAAUAAGGUAAAAAAAGUUGAGAUUGGAGCAUAAAUGUCAAGAAGAAAGCUGAAAAUGGAGAAUAAGUUCAAACCUUGUGGGAGAAAAACGGAUGGAUUGAAAAUGUCAAGAAAUUGAAAAGUUAAAGAUCAAGUGUUGGUGCUCCGUCUUUAAAAAGCUUUGUCAAAAGAGCGUCUGUCACUGUUGUUUUUGUGCAGUUUGAGCAGAACGUAGUCAGAACAAUCAGCUCAUAUUGAUUAUCUACAGACAGCUGACCUCAAUAUGAAACUUAAAAUGUUAAAAUGAGAAAUAAAAACAAUCCUCUGUCUUUUAUAUAAACAUAUUUUUAUCUGUAUUUUUGCUUUAAUCAUGAGGACAUAAGAUGAAUCGGUAAAUAUAACUUCGCAGUGCAGUUCUUGCAGAAGUGAAACACAAAUUUAGACCCAAACGGUAGAGAAUUAGUGGAGAAGUUCAACCUUGACACAGAAACCGUUUUCUGAAACAGCAUUAAAUAACACAGAGCUUUAAAACGUUUCUGCAGUGACUCAGAAAAACGUCCUUCAGUAUCAAUAAAGCUGCUUUUUGUCGCCAGAACAGAAAGAUGCCUUUAGGAAGAGCUGUCAAACAUGAAUCAUAUUUUACAUUAUCACAAUCACAUUAUUAUAUUUCAAAUCACCUUUUCAGUCCAUAUUAAGAGUGUAAAGAAAUCCGUACAACGUGUUGAUUUUAAAGAUUCAUUAUUUAAGAAAAUGCCACUGAUAAAACCAUGACUUUGAGUGAAAUGUUUCAGAAACACAGUGGCGUUGUUGAUUUCUAUCAUGGCAGCAGCAGGAAGCAGGAAAAAGCUGCAGUGGGUGAACUAUGGUGUGCUUUAAAGGACAAAACAGCACGGGGUUUAAAAACAAGCAUCAAUAUCAAGCUAGGAACUUUACACUAAUUGUGUUUUGAAUUUGUCCUGUAGUUUAUCUUCACCAGACCACUCAUUAAGUGAACCUUCUGUUAAUGAUCCUGUUUUAAUUAGCUGUUACACCACUGUCUCCAAACCCACCAGACUCCAUUAACAAAAAAGCAAUUUCACAUCAGCGAAACCAGCAGCAGAUCAUCAGCUCUCAUGGUGUAAUUUCAACAGAAACAACAAACAGGUCUGUCCCUGCACAGAUUUACUCUGUACCUGCACAGGUGGAUAAUCUCACAGGUCUGUGCAGAAGUUAAUCCGGCUCGUUUCUGCUCCACUGCGCUCUCUGAAGUCUUCGGGGUUGAAGAGUAACUCGAGCUCCGACCUCUAAAUACACUUCACGCUUUCUCCCCCUUAACACACUUCCAACACAGACGUCUCGGUUUGUUAACACAUCACAGGGAGACAGGAUGGACCUUUAGGUUGUUGGUUUGACACACAGACUGUCAUUGUCCUCAAACAUCAGAGUCUUCGUUGUUGUCGAUACAGUUUUAUAAUAAAUCUUGCAAAUGCUCGAGCCUACUGCGUGAAACCAAAUGUAUGCAAAUGUGGGAAACUGGUGACCUUUUCCGUUUCCUCCCUUUGUUCAGUCCUGCAGGUCGUGCACCACAGAGAAAUACUGAUGAACUGACAGCUGAAUUUUUUAAAUAUGCAAAUAAUUUAAAAGGAUAAAAGAGGGAAAAUAAAAAACAAAACUUUUUUAAAGCAAAUAUCGAGAAACAAAGUUAACUGAAGUCUUUCAAAGCAACUUAAAAUACCAAAAAUACAGUAAAAUACACAAGACAAAUAAGCACUUAAAAUUAAGAUAAUGAAAGACAAAGACGGACAGUUGAAGUCUUACUCUGGGUCAAAGGCCAAAAGGAAGAAACAAAAGUUUUAAGACACAAUUUAAAACAAACUCAAUUACAAACUUUUUGCUCAUAAAAUGUCAGAAAAAAAGGUAAAAAUAUUGAUAAAAUUUUCACAUAAAACUGAAUAUAAAAUUUGUUUUGUUUUAAACCAAAAGAAUGGAUCUGGAAAACAUUAGCAAAUCAAAAAUGAUGUGAAAGUUUUGAAAGAGGAGUUUUUUUGGCACCUGUGAAACAGACUGAAAUUCAUCUUUAUGAUACUAUAAAGCAAACAAGACGAUCAACAACAUUAUAUAUUACUACUUUGUCCACAGAGGGCGCCAAAGCUGACACUAACUAUAAGUUCCUCAGAGGUAAAGGGUUUGUCAUGAGGGGAAAAUGAACCUUAAAAUGGAAGAUGACCAAAAUCUCGACCCUGACCUCAAAAACAGGAAACACAAACUCCACAAGAACAUCCAGAUGUAGUCCGGUCUGAAGUGUGAUCUUAUUAAACACAGUCCUUCAGUCAAAACCACGUGUAGCUCCUCUUCCACACUGAAGCUCAUCAUCUCAUUACAGCUGAUAGAGCAGCUCUGCUCUCGCGGGUUGAUCCUGAGCUCUGUUUACAUUGACGGACCAAUAAUGGAGGAGGAAUGGCGUCUCAUAAAAGAGGCCAUAUAAUGAGGUUUAUGCCUCAUUGACACCUUGUGUCUUCUUCAAAGAGUUCACACAGAGCAGGUUUUUUCCUCAUGGUGUACUUCUUCUUGCUAAAAUGACUCAAAACAGCUCAGUGGACAGGUUUAGAUUAUUGUGUUUGAUUGAGAAAUAAAAUAGAAUUAAAUACUGAGAGUCUCUGGAGUUUUGAGGGAGACUUCUUGUCUGAUAUGAGAUUUCAGCUGCUUGAGAGUUCAGAGUUUCCUGACGCACCAAAGGUUUUCAGUAGGUGACAAGUCAGGACUGCAGGGGUUUUGGUUAAAGGGAUAUUCCGGGGUAAAAUUAGUUUAGGGUCAAACACACCUGCAGUCGUCACUAAAGUUGGUAUAACUAGAGAAGCAAGCGGUCGGCAACACUCACCUCUCGAGGGGGUGUCUAACUCUGUGUUACAGUGUGUUAGACCCUAAAUUAAUUUCCCUUUAAGCACCUGGACCCUUCUACUACAGAGCCAUGCUUUUGCAGAAAGUGUCAUCUGUUUUUGUCUUUCCUCCUGCUGCUUCUAAGUUUUGAUCUCGCUUCACGUUCCCUUCAGUAAAAUUUUAUUCUCUUUUCGACUUUGACAAAUUCGCAGCCUUUCCCUCCCAGUCAUCCGAGGUUAAUUGCAGGUGGAUUGCCUUUUGUGGACCACUGUCUGUACCUUUGUGUGCACAGAUGUUUCCUGCAGUAGAUCUUCAGUGUUGACUGUCGAUAAUAUUGAGCUGCGUGUUGUUUGGUCACUUGUUGCUCGGCUUGAAUUGCAAACACAAGCUAAAGGGCAUAUAUGGUCACCCAGAUCCGGCUGAAAUAUUAGAUUAGUGGUAGGAUGAGAAGGUUGCAUGCAUAAAUGUUGCUGUAAUAUGAUGAAAGGAUGGUUUGGAAAUCAAUACAGUGUGCAGAUGUGUGUUUACGUCCCGGUCUGCUGCAUAUUCAGCUCUGUUUUCUGUGUUAUUGCUUCCUCUUCAGCUCUACCUUUACCCCCGCAUUCUGUGUGUUUUUUGGCCCUUUUGUUGUCCAAGGAUAAUCAGGCUCUGGUGAGCGUGCACAGGUUUGUUUUCUAUUAGCAUAACAGUGGCUGAAGCUGGUGUAUUGUGCAGGAUCAUCAUCCUAAGCGCUGCAUGCAGCAGCAGCAGGGGAGUGAUUAUGAUAAAGUGGGGUUUGUUAUUGAAAUCAGCUGCGGCAUCUUAAAACGGGAGCGUGCUCCAUUUUGGUUUUAAAGGGGAAAUUAAAAAAAUACUUUGCUUUUUUUUGAACAUGUUAAAAUACGAGUAUUUUUCAGAGGAGAAUUUUUGGUGCAGAAACAGGGACUCAGUGCUGUUUGAACAAAUAAUAAAACAAUGAAAGAGCAUUAGAGGAGCUGUCAUCAUAUCCCACAGGACGAAGUACCGCUGCUGCUGCUGCUGCACUCUCAUUUACAUUCAGCCGACUCUCUCCAGAUCAUCUUUGUUCCUUCUUUGGUUCCUCUUAAACCUCCUUGUGUUCAGAAAUUAAUCUCAUUACUUUAUCAUCUUUAACAUUUACACAACUCAGAAGGGAAGAGUAAAUAAAGAAACAAAGAGCAGCGUAUACUUGCUAUUAAUUGGAAACCUUGAUUAAUAUAAAGAGGAAUCCAAAGGGGAAUUUACUGCUUUUUAUCUAUUAUUAUGCUCGUAAUUAUCCUUCAGCUUUUAUCUUUCUUUAUGUUGUCGUCAUUACUGCUUCAGUCUCACUCUAAAGCCCUCUUGUUCAUCUAUUGCUUUAAUUUUGUUCAGGGUUUCUCUCUCUUUGACGAGCCUAAAGCUGAUGAAACACUCACACACUUUCACACAGCAACACUGUAAACCGGACUCCAUUUUUCACCACAGAGGUAAACAUGCUGUGAGCGCUAGAGAGCCUUUAAAACACAGACAGAGUCCUCACUAUUGCAUCUCAUCCAUCUUUUUAUUAUAAUGUCAGAAUAUACAUCAGAGAAUAUUUAUAUUCAGGUGAUUUAAAUCUACUUAUAAGUAUAAUUUUCAGCUAAUAUCUACACAGACUGCUCCUUUAAUGCUCGUUACACAAUGCUAAGGUUGAGUGACACAGCUAUUCAACCAUUCACCGCUAUGAGACUUCAUCUGUACGUGUUUACAUCCAGAUAGUAGAGGAUUUGAUAAACCAGAGCAGUAGCCCAAAUAAGACCGGACCUUUGGAUCGGUUUAGUCGUUCUAGUUCUGUUGCUGACAACAAACAUGGACCUCCCUAAUUAUGCUGUUUGAGUUAUUUACGAUGGUUGAGUUUGUCUUAGUCAUGCUGUUCGGGUUCUUUGUAAGUGGUUUUUGGGUUUCUUGGAGUUCUGGUUCUCCAGCUUUAGGGUUAAAGGUUUGGCUUUCUUCUGUUGGAUGUACUCUUUUGUGAACAGGGCUCUUAUGUUGUUUGGGUUAAUUGCGGGCUUAAGGGUCCAGCAUUUACAUCAGAGUACAGAGGAGACUCUACAGUCGGGGGGAAGUCCUUAAUUGGUAUGCGCACACUGCGUACCAAUUAAGACCCAUAAUUCUGUUGAGGCCAAAUUGGGAAUAAGUGGUUUGGGAAUAUUCCUGUUUACAUCAUGAGUAUCAUCAUAUUCCAGAUAAAACAGUGAGAUAUAAACCAUCUCUUCUUUUCUCCGAUAGUUCUCCAGUCGUCUUUGCAGAUGUACUUCAUAAUCUGAUGAUCACCCUCCCUCUCAGUCACAUCCUUUUACAGUAGAAGAAGAAAACAAGAGGAAAGGAUAUGUCCUCAAAUCAAUAUCACGAUAUAUUGAUCAGUUCACCGCGAUAACGAUAAAUCAACAAUAACUACUCCACAAGCUGCUCACCCCCUCCCACAUUAACUUCGUCUACUUCAGCUGCUACAACUUUUGAACCGUCCUCCAUCUCCUCACCUGUCUUUCCCUCUUUGUUACGGACUGGAUGGGGUGGAGUCACGUCUCUGACUUAAGACAGGACCAUAGCCUACCUACACACCAACUUAUAUAUAUAUAUAUCAGUGGCGGCUGCUGGUCUUUCAAUGAGGGGAAGCUCAUUUUUCUGGCCUACAUCAUAAUUGUAUUUGUUUAUUAGUAUGUAACAGAACAGAGUCGUCAAACACAACGGCAGUUGUUUUUAACAAAGAUAAAAGUCGCUGAGGAUCGGUAAAGUCUCCGGAGCAGUUAAGAACAACGGAAUGAAUAACUUGGAAAAUGCUCUGGUAGAUGUUUUAUUCUUCAAGAUCGCUGAUUCGCUUGUUUAGCUGUCAAUCAAAAAAGGAUUUCGUCUCAGACAGCUCAUCCAAUCAUGGAUGCAGAAGUUCGGAGUCCGGGAGAAAGUCGGGACCGCCCUCUCGCCAUAGAACUCCAGUGAAGCUGGGCUUCCGAUGGGCGGGACAAAGCCCAGCAUUUAUCCAAUGAGCGUCUAGUUUCGCUGCUGGAACAACCCACUUUAAGCUUCCACAUUGAAGUCAGCAGAAGCCCAGCGUCCGGCUGUUUAAAGCGCUGAGGCGCUGCGAGGAUGAAUGAGAACGAAGUUAUGCCGGUUACCUAUAAUUAUCAGCUUCUUAUCACAGUGUCUGAACAAAAGAUGAAGGCUUUCUAGCGCGUAUUUAGUUAAUGAAAUGUACACACAGCCGUAGGUAUUUCACCACUUUUUCUUUUUUUUGGGGGGUGACAUUUUAAGGGAAGCCGAGCUUCCCUUGCAGUCUUAGAGCAAUCGCCACUGAUAUAUAUAUAUAUAUAUAUAUAUAUAUAUAUAUAUAUAUAGUUUUUUUUUUUUGAGACCAAACAUACCAAUAUGGGCAAAAUUACGUCGGUUAUUAUCAUGAAUUUUGGUAUUGGUAAAUUUUUGGUUUGUCGCCCAGCCCUAUCCUUGUCAUUGUGGCUGCUGUCAAACAACACAGACGUGCUCUGACAUGAAGACACAUCCUAGAUAACUGCGGAUCAAGUCAACAUUUCUGACAAGUGUGUAGAGCUGUGUGUCCUGAUGAUCUUAUUUGGGAUAUAUGCUGUCUGGAUAAAUGGUACGUGACUCAUAUACAAUCACAAUGUUAAUGAUAAAAUAACAGAGGAAAAACGGCAUUCAUGCAAACAUAGUUACUGCCCUCGGUAACUCUAUUCAGAACCUCCAAAGUUAAAGAAUAAAAAAAUAAUAAUAAUUAAGAGUGUAGAGGACUCGUAGAUUGUCUGGUGGCUUUUAGGAGCGUGACUGUAGCUGCAGCAGUUUCUGGUCUUAAAAGCCUCUCUUGGUCUUUCUCUGCAGGGAUCCUUCCUGCAGAGUUUUCAGACACUUAAAAUAACAGUUUGAUUCUGUCAGUGACAAAAACUGAAACUUUCAGCGGACAGAUUUUGAUCAGAAUCGGGCCUGUUUUUGUGACUGCCGGUUGAUGAAACACGCUGGAGCAAUUUUGCAAAACAUUUUGAAGCCUAAAAUAUUUAAAAGCAGGACCUGGGGGGUGUUUUUCUGGUGUUUUUGAGGAUAACAACAGCAGGUAGCUUGAGUGCUUUUACACCCAGCAUGCUUUGUGAGGAUGGAAUUGUGGCUUUUGUGACAAUAAAAAACCAUGUAGGAGGAAAUAAUAGCUUAGCACUGAAUCAUGAGUAAUUAUGCAACAUAAAAUUCAACAAAUCUAACGCUUAGAUAUAUAAAAAAAAAAAAAACACAUCUUCUGUCCGGCUGUGUUUGAGAGCAGGAAUAAAAUUAACUGCAUGCGUGAUGUUGGUGAAGUGACCUCCACCAGCCGCUGUCUCCUCCACCUGUGACAGGCUGCCACGGCCAGACUGCUGAAGUGCUCUUUGACCUUUCUCCUCCUCCACAAUCAUCUCUUCAUUCGCUUUCCUGACAGCCCUCGUUAGACCCUCCCCCUCCUCCCUGACUCCCCCCCUCAAACUGCUUGUCUUCCCCGGUCACCUCUCACUCCCACUCGGCUGUUCGUGAUGCCAUCACAUGUAGAUGCCUGCGUUAUCUAUGUGGGUCAUCCCUCGCUCUAUAUGUCGGGGCGUGACACAAAUCAGCCCGAGACGGGGUUCGACCUUGUUUAUGAAGCAGCGAGAGGAGAGGAGAUGAUGAAGAAUGUUUACUGUGGCUGAGCUGCAGCCUGCUCGCUCUCUAAUCAGAGGAAGAGCCUGGAGCGUGGGAAGCCCUCACGUUUAGGCUCCAGAGUUUUUCCCCAGUGGUUGAUUGCUCCACUUUCACACACGGUGACUGCAGUAAGAGGAGGAAGGAAGGCUGUGAUAUCCUGGCGCAGAGGGACUGCUGAGGUUUAAUAAGUAAGCGUGGUGAGGCAGUGUCUCUGCACCAGAGUUUCUCCUCUUCGCAGAGACUUCCAUGUAGAUCACAGAGAGAAAUAAACACCCAUCCUUCAAGUCGAUCGAGCCGUCUGGACUCAGGCGAGCAUAGAGAGUGUUUUCUGACCCGUCCCUCAUCCUUCUCUCUGAGUAUCUUUCACCAUCUGGCAGAUGAUACAAAGCUCCCAAAUGCAAACUGAACCACUUUAGAGACUCAUUUGCAUCUGCCUCAGUUAAUGUUUCUCAGAGGUGUGGGGGCUGUGAAAUAUCACAUGUUGUUUGUAUAUACAGUAUAUAUAUAUAAAAAGAAGUGCUGUGAAGAACAUUUGCAGCAUUAGGGUUCUCUGCUGACGUGAAGAUAGUUUGUGUUUUUCCUUUUUAUGACGACUGAUGCUGAAGAAGUCAAACACAUUAAAACAUCAUAUUGUACCUCACUGAAUUUUAUUGUAACUCAGUGUAAUGUAAUGUAGCAGAAACAUAAUGUAUCAUAUCCUAUUGUUUUAUAAUGAAUCAUUUAUUCUAUCAGGAAGGUUCCUAUUGGAUCAUAUCAUGUUGUGAAAAUACUGUAGCAUGACAUAUUAUUCUGAAACAUAGCAUAUCCUAAUAUAUCGUAUUGUACUAUCACACUGCAUGUUGAAUUAUCUUAAUUUGUAUCUUAUUGUAAUAGUAAUGUUUUGUAACUCAUUAUUUGGAAACAAGUUCUGUUAUAUCUUAUUGGAAGGUGUCAUAUCGUUUCCUAUCGUGUUGUAAAGUAUAGUACCAUAUAGUGUCAUACUAUACUGUAUAUCUAUAUAUUUAUAUCUUAUAGUGUUAUAUCAUGUCAAAUAUGAUAUCAUAUACCAUACCAUGUUGUGUCCCAUGGUAUCAUAUGAUAUCGUUCUGUAUCGUAUCAUAUUAUAUUGUAUCAAAAUGUAUUGUAUAGUAUUGUGUUAUAUCGAACCGUGUUGUGUCAUUUUCGUAUUGUGUCAUAUCGUAUCAUACCCAGCUUUACCUGUUUGGGAUAUCCUGUUGUUUGUGUUUUCAGUUGCCGGUGUUUUUGUGAAUUACUUCUCCAGAAUUAGAGACUUGCAGAGAUCUGUCACAGCGCCCCCUGGCUGUGCUCCUCUGCUGGGCACAACACCUUCAGCUCAUCGGUUCAUAUUAAAAAAACGCCCAAAACUUCUAAUUUUAGCCACACACCCCUAACAAUUUUUUUUUAACAUUAGAGGAAACCUUAAACCCACAUUGAUCCUGUGAACUAUUUUUGUGGCCACUCUUGCCGAUAUUGACAGCUAGAAAGAGACAGAAAAUAUUGGGAAGAGAGUGAGUGAGGGGGGAUGACCUGCAGCGAAAGGCCAAAUAUUGGAUUCAGAUCCAAAGACACAGUGUUGAGGACGACGGUUUCUGCUUAUUGGGAGUAUUUUUUACACACCGAGCAAAACUAGUUUAUUGUUUUUUAUCAUCUGCAGAUUUCAUAUUUAGGUUACGGAGUCUGCGCUGAAGCUGACAGACUGAUUAUAAGUCAUAUGUGCUCAUCAGUGUCUCUUUGUUUCCUGCCUCAGGUGGUGUUCAGCAGAUUCUGCAGCCCGUGUGACAUUAAAGAGCUGUUCUGUACAGCGCUGGGCGUGCCAAGGUAACACACACACACACACACACACACACACACACCUCUGCGGUUAAUUAUCUCCGGUAGCCUGUUAACAGCUCAGUGAUAAUUAACCCACAUGAAUAAAAUGUUCCUGUUCAUCUGGACAUAUGAUGCCAUAAGAUCCUAAUGAUGUGUGAUAAAUACAGUAUUACAGUAAGCUUAUUAAGGCGCUGCUUUAUUACUAAUAACAGGUCACACAGUCCUUUGACUGCAAUUACAGUCUAAUACUGCUCCUCGGAAACUUGUUUAAUGACUCUUGAGUUUCAGGUUAAUUACGUUUCCUCUCACUGUUCCUCCUCUUCUCUGAUAAUCUGGUGCGCCCUGAGCGGCUUGAGCCUCAUUGGUCGACAGAGCUGUCCGUCAAAUCAUUUUGAAUAGAGUUUUUAGUUCAAACUGUAUAAGACAAGCGAGUUGGACUCGAUCAGAGGAUGCUGCAGACUAAAGGUUCAGGUUAAGGCUCUUGAGAACUAGUCAGGCUCCUCGAGUGGGGGCAACAUACGAGUAAAAGUAGAAGGUAUAGAGAUAGAAGUGAUUAAUCUAAUCUGUGUUGUUUACAAUUCUGUGAAAUACUUCAUCAUGACGUAUUAUCAUCAUGUUUUUGUCAACAUGCAGGAACACGAAUCUGACCCUGCUGGAUUCCUCCGGAGCAAUGGUGUCCAUCGACCCCACCAUGCCGCACAACACAGAGAGGUAUUGAAAAAGCUGCAUCAGCACUGAUGUCUUUAUUGAUUCAUUGAUUGUUCGACCGAACGUUUGCUCAGUCCAGCAGCUGGUUGUAAGAGUGAAGGACACAUUUGCUGAUUGACUGUAAAUCCCUGUGUCACCCCCCCCCCCCCCCCCCCCCGCUCUCCUCGGCUGUUGUAACAACAUCACGGUGAGCGGCUCUUAAAUACGGGUUUGCACGACUGUACGGAGUUCAUUAAAAGCUGUUAGCUGUAGUCACACAUGCACAUACACUUUCCUGAAAUUUUCAGGGUGUGCAAAUGAAAAUAAGAGCAAACACUUUUCACUGAGCUGAAUAAACUGUUGACUUCGCAAACAUCCUUUCUGUCAUUUUCAUGUAGAGCGGAUCUAAAUUUGGUUAACAGGACAGUUUGUUCCACAUGUUCAGCGCUGCUCAUGCAAAUGUCUUUUCUUUCUGGGAAACAGUGACGAACAAACUUUUUAUUUUCAUGCGAUUACAGCCGACGACCUUUCUUAGAAAUGACUCCGCUCCUCUCUGACUUUGGGUUACUGUUUUCCAUUUUACGAGGGACUUUGUUUCAAUAUAUAAACAUUUAUUUAGAGAUAUUCCAAUUAGAUGCAGACAAAGAAAAAGGGAGAUAGGGAGAGGCUGCAACUGUGAGAGACUGUGUGAGCGACGAUUUCAGGAGAACGACACUCAUCAUAAAACUGCAAAGAAACUUUUCAUCAAAGUUUGUCCAUAAAAAGUUCUUGUUUUUGUCGCCUCUGCCAGACUCUGACUAUUAUUCUAAAUGUCAGAUCCCUGCUGAGGCAGACCUUUUUGUUUAAGAUGAAGACGAUUUUUUAAAAUUAGAAACUCCUUUUAAAGCCACCAGACACACAAAAAAGGUGUUUUCAUUCGCUUUUAUAAAGAGAGCGGUGUAUUUAGAUCCGCCUUUAGAUGUGCAGAAAACUAAUCUCAGCUUCUGUCGGGUUAAUUUCCCCCAAACGUGAUUCAGAAGUACCAGCUGAAACAAUCUAAAGGAGCAGAUUUUAGUCAUCUAAACACCGAGCCAAGGUUUUGUUCGUUCGUUUAUUGUCCACAAGUGGAAAUUUGUCUUUAGUCUCAUCGUGUCAAAAACAGAUCAACAGCAACAAGGUAGCAGCAACAGACACACAACAAAUUCACACAAAACAGAGGGAGGACAACAGCGGCAUGGACUGAAGAUAACAGGCAGAUGUAACGAGACAUAGACGUCAGACGUCUGCCUGAACGAAGUAUAACGAACUGGUAACGCCUCCUUUAACGGUUUACUUAUUACCAGGUAAUUAACAGGUAAUUACCGAGUAACAACAUGAAAUUAUCUGGUAAUUACAUGAUAAGUACUAAGUCAAUACUGUCUAGCUACCAGGUAGGUAACCCUCCAUCAUCAUACAAAUUUGAAGCUGAAUUGCUCUGGUAUUUCCAGGAUUUUCGCCGCUUCCUGGAACCACCACUUGUGCAGUAGCAUUGUACGCAUUCGGCGGGUGAGUCGCUGUGAUAAUGCUCGGCUCAAACAGCGUAUCGCUACGCAAUCUUCACACGCCCAUGGGCUGUAUCAAGUGUCAAUCAUAGAAAAUAAGAACCCCAAAAAGGAAAAAAGAAAAACUAGACAGUAUUGACUUAGUAGUUAUCAUGUAAUUACCAGAUAAUUUCAUGUUGUUACUAGGUAAUUACCUGUUAAUUACCUGGUAAUAAGUGAACCAUAAAAGAAACGAACUCACUGUACAGUUGGUGAGAAGGAUUGUUAACUAUCUUAACAGCUUUUUUUACCUAAUUACUUCCUUGUAGAUACAGCUGAAGUGUUUCUGUGGCUUCCCGAUGAUUUUUGAGGCUAUAUUCACUAUUUUCUGCAGCUUUCAUCUGCCUUUUGUGUUUAAGUUACAACACCACAUCGCCAUGUUAAAGGUAAAGAUUCCCUCUAUGAGGUUCUUAUAGACUGUCUCCAAAGGAGUUGAGCUUACGUAAUCGAUGGAGGCGUUGAUUACAAGAUUUAAAAAUGUGGUCAGUUCCUGAAAAGUACCUGAAUUUUUCCAUCAAAGCAGAGUCGCACUUUUUCCCAUCCUUUCCAAAGAUGACAAUCACAGUUUCAUUUCUCUGUGGAGUGGAAAUUUUCACAGCAGAGAGAAAAAAUAGAGCAGGCUCAUCCAAAAGUUUCCACCUUCACCAGAACAAGAAGAACAAAAAGUUCAAGAGACGUAAACUCAACCAGGUUCACCUCAAACCUGAAAUCUGAGACCUGACGCUGGAUUGCAUUGGCUGGAUGGUUACAAAGGAGUGUGUGUGUGUCAGUGUGUGUGUGUCAGAGUGUGUGUGUCAGAGUGUGUGUUCACGUUCGCUAUCUUAUCUCAGGGUAAAAUCUGAACCUUUUAUUUGUCAAACACCGUUUGAACGUCGUUAAUCUUCCUUGUAAACAGUGUGUGUGUCGCUGCAGGUGUGAGUGUGUGUGUGUGCCUGUGUGUGUGUGUGGGCUUUUGUGUGUGUGUGUUUUGAAGCUGGAGGAAAAGUACAGCGUGUCUGCUCAGAGGACGAACGAGGGGGUUUACUUUAGUGUCUCACCAGCUCUGCUCUCAUAACUAACUCGUAUGUGUGUGUGUGUGUGUGUCCUGCUGUGUUGAAGGUCACCGUACAGAGUGGUUCCACUGACUGGAGGACAGCUCGCAGGUGAGUUCUGGGAACUAAACGCACACAAACACACAAACCUCAGUGUGAUCUGAUCCUGGAAGCAGGUGUUUGUCUCCGGCUCCAGAAACGAGUUUUUAUAAUCGAAUUAUCGGCGUUUUCCUGUCGGUGUUUUAAACUGAAUAUCCUCCGUGUUGACGCUAACAUUUUUGCCACAGUGUCAACAAGCAGCGGUAAAAUACAUCCUGAUAAAAAUGAUACCAAACGAGGACUAACUCCACCAGGAGUUACGUUGGUCCGUCUGCACAGGUUUACUUUUUUAGCACAUGCACACGUAAACACACACACCUUGCCAAACACCUAUAAAAACUACUGAUUUACUCUCUUCAGUACUUUGAAGCCAUAAAAGUCAUUUUAUGGAAACUUAACAGAACAUCAGUGACACUGACCUCCUCCUCCUCCUCCGUCUGUUCACAACAACCUAAAUCAAGAUUUUUAUCAGCCGUGACAGUCGCUCACCACUCACCGCAGGAUCUCUAUUUCCUCCAUGAUCGAUCAAUAUAUAGAUCAUUUAAGAAUUAUCAUUAGAAACUGAAGGUAUGGGAUUUUCAGAUUUUUAUGAGAAUCCAAUAAACAUGUUUGCAGCCUAAUUUCAUUUAUUAAAGACAUUUUGGAUUUAACUAAAAAAUCAAUCGCUGUACUUAAACAGGAAGUGGAUCAGAGCUGAGGGGGAGCCCCACAUGAGUGCUCGCCUUAUUUAAAGUACUUUUAUACUCCUCUUAUUUAGAUAGAGCUUGUUUUGUGUUUUCUUUGACUUUAUAGCAGCGUAAAACCGGUUCACGGUGGAUCGUUGAGGUUAAUGUUUGGCUUUUAUUAUUGGACCGGCGGUGAACGACUCCAGCCUCGAUCUGACGGCGAAAGAUGUUUCAAAAACAUCCAUCCUGCUUUUGGUCAUGAGAAUGUGAUGAACGCAGAGUUUUAGAUUUCUGUUAAAAUCAUCAGAAAGUGCAGAAAAGAUAACAUCAAUUAUGGCGGUGCAUCAUUAAACACAGAAUAUCUAACUUAGAUAGUGAUGUACGACAGUUUCAGAGAUUGCAUUUUACUUUAAAAUAUUUUAUUAUUUAGAUGAAAAUAAUUCAAGAUUCAAAAGAUAAUGGACUCAGACCUCAACUUUGUCUGCAGAGUGUUCCCUUUUUCUUAGGCGUGAGUAAAAACCUGAGUUAAGAGCUAAAACAGCGUUUAAAGAGGAAACUUUAAUCCACACUUAUAUGCAGAUCUAUCCAGAGUUUUUGAGAUUGAAGCUGAAUCGUUUAUAAAUGAACAUUUUCAUCCUGCUCUUUGACAAAUUUAGAUUCAUUUUUACAGUUUAGUGCCUGUAAUUUUUUUCAGAGCUUUUUACCUUAACGUGAGUUUUUUUUUUUUAAAUAUUUUUAUUGAUUGACUAUUUUAGCAUGAAAGGAAAAACUCCCAUCAUGUGGCAGUAAACCUGAUUCUGAUUGUGGUCGUAGGAGCACAGUCCAGUGCGUGAGACUGAUUGUUUUUUGGUCUAAAGUCAAUGCACUCUCUCUAAAAUACCACCAAACUACAAAAAGAAACCAGAACAGUCGUGAUAUGAAAACUGAAAGUGUUUUUAUUCAUUAGAUCAGGAUGCUGAACAUGAUAUUUUGUUAGUUUACCUCAGUAAUCUCUCCGUAUAAUCUGAUUAACUUCUGUUUAACUCUUUAAAGGAACCGUCAAUUUCAAAAUCAACAUCUCACUGUAUUGAGGAAGACUUUGAACUCCAGACUUGGACUUAAAUUUCUUUUACAAAAUGUUUACAGAGCGAUUAAAUCAGCUCAUAUUUUGCAAGAUUUUUACACAAUUUCAUUUUGACUCGCCCCCUGCUGGCCACGAGGAAGAAAGCAGCUUCAGUGUUUUUUCAUGGAAAGUUUUAGACUCUCGUGUUUUUUAUUUUCGGAGUGAAGCUCGUGUAAAGUCAUAAUUGAGUUAUUUUUAUGAGACACCUGAGAGCUGCGUGCCUGUGGCGCUCCAGUCCUCUUAGUCACUCCGGCUGCUGCGGCAGCGGCGGUUUAAUUAAUCACUGAGAGGAAUUUUUCAACAGCGUUGUUCCCAGUCUGCUGUGACCUCUGACCUCUGCAUGAAAGAUGGAAUGUGUGUGACACAAUGUACGGACCGUGAGCGCCUGAACAAUAUCCUUUCUCCUGUUUUUUACAAUUUCUCGUCGCUGUGAAAUUAUUGGCACACGGCGUUGGACUUUGCCCACAACAGCGGCGCUCUCAGCCAAUGGCAGGGCUUUGUUUGUGUGCUCUCGCUGUGUGGGAACAGAAAUCAGAAGUGGCUUGUUAACACAUCAAGCUGUCAGCCAGUUCCCUCUUGUCUCUGUGCCGGGCGCUGAUGGUGAGAGCGGAGGAAAAGAGGCACAUUUUAUUUAUCAUUUAUCUUCUCACUUCUCGGCGCGGGCCAUCUGUUGCUUUGGCGGUCCGCCGCUCUGUGAUUGGCUGAGACAAACUCUGCGUGUUUUCAUGACGGUAUGUUUGUGAAGGAGAAAGUGAGUGUGAAGAAGAAAGGGACACAGAUGCUCUCUGCUUCUACAUUUAUUGUCUUUAUAGUGAUAAAUCUGCGGCUGUGCUGGAUCCGACCUGUUUACACCUGUGUGUGUGGUCCUUCCUACAGUGCGUGUGAGUGUGUGUGUGUGUGUGUGUACAUGUGUGUGGGUGUGUUUAUAUGUAACAGCUCCACGCUUUCUCUCCGCAGAUAAAGAGGAACUCUUUCAGAAUGUACUGACGCAAGUGGCCGAGCAGUUUUCAAGGUAAGGAGUCGACUGAUUGUGUUCAGGCUUUCAGACGUGUUCGUAUUGUCUCUGCGAAUCGAGACUGCAACUCUCUCUGCUGCUUUCAAUCGUGUCUGAGUGCAACGAUCUGCAGUUUGCAUCAAAAAAACUCCUCUCUUAAUUUGAUUAUUCGUCCAUAAUCAUCUGGUUGACUGUUUCCAGUUUGCUUUUUAGUUUUUUUUGUGCAAACUAACAUGUAAAAAAGAUAAAUCUGCUGCAUUUUUUCUGCGUUUUCAAGAAAAUUGUAAAAUAUUUAAACCACCAAAAGGAGAUGAAUCCUUCUGGUAUAAAUGACCUAAAAACAGUGAAACGAUUGCAGAGAAGCAGCUGGACUGAGUGCAUGUUCGAUUUACGACUGAAAAAGAGGAGUUCCCUCCUGUUGUGAUAGUUGCACAGCAGUAAAAUGACAACGCACUAUCUCUUUUUUAGUAGUUUAGAGUAAUCAAACCAAAGCACAGAAACCUAGAUUCCUCCAUCCGAUUGCUCAUAUAUGGAGGUGAGUUUGUUGAACCUGAAAAUAGGUCAGUGAACGUGAAAGUACAAACAAAUCCAGUCAGCUGAAACAAAGUCAGAGGAAGAACACAAAGCAAAGACAAAGUGGAUUUAAUGAUAACCCACUGAGCGUUUUUGGUCUAAUAGAGGUCUAAUAGACGUCUAAAUGUAGCCUAGACAACCGAUCUUAAAUCAGACUACCACAGGUCUAAAAAUCUAAGUUUUUUAAACAUCUAAAUCUAAACCAAGUUUAGACUAAGUCUAAAUCUGGACUGUAUCUAAACUAUGGCUGUCAUAAUUAUUUUGGUGAAGUAUUUGAAGUAGUCAUCGAAUAAUGGGUUAAAGUGCAACGUCUAAAUUCUGUCUGAAAAUAUACAGAAUCUAAACGGUUGAAAUUAGGUCUAAAAAAACUAGACGUUUAAAAGCCAUCUAUUAAAGUGCAUUUUAACAAGAAGACACCAGAGAGAGUUUCAGCGAACAUGGUAAACAUGAAAAAAUGCGAAAGAGACGAGGACGAGGAAAAACAUCUAAAAAUGACGAAAACAAGUUAAUAAACAGAGUUUAUGUAGGACACACUGAGUGUUCUGUAUCAUUAACAUAUUAAUUUAUAUAGUUUCAUGUUGUGUCAUGUCAGUUAUGUUGCUUAUUGUUUAAUCCUGUCAUAUGUUGUUCUGUAUUAUAGAGCAUAUUAUCACAAUGUCGUAAUUCUUUGUGUAUCCUGUCUUUCAUAAGUCGAAUUGUAUCAUUGUUCCCUAUAUAAUAAUAAUAAUAAUAAUAAUAAUAAUAAUAAUAAUAAAAAAAGACAAACAAGUAAAUAGUAUACAUAAAAGUCCUAUCACUUCAUAUAUCCUAUUGUUUUUAUAUUGUAAUAUUUUUUUAUACUAUCAUAUAGUACUGUCUGAAAUUUCAUCGUAUCAAAUGUUUUUAUUUCAUAUCCUAAAGUUCGGUGUCCAGUUUUAUCAUGUCGACUCAAAUAGGACAAAAUUACAUGUUUUCAUAUUUAACUGAAUCAUCUAAUAUCAGACCGUAUCAUAUUUUAUCAUGUAGUGUUGUACACUUUGGUAUAUCCGUCAGUAUAGUUUAUAGUUUCAGUAUUAUAGAAUAUAAUUAUACAGUAUAAUAUGUUAAGGUACUGAAUCGUACUUUAUCUUACAGUCCAGUUUUAUGUAGUUUCAUAUUAGCACUUUAGUUUUAUAUUAUAUUCUCUGGGAUGAUGUUGUUUUGUAGAUAACAUAUAUUAAAACUUAUUAUUUUCUAUAGUAUAGAUAUUGUGUUUUAUAGAGUAGUAAAGUGAAGUUGUAUGGAGCUAAACCAAAGUAUUUUACCGUAAUGUUUUACAAUACAGACAACAUUUAAAUGCACAAUAGGAGAAACAUCCUUUCAGUUCAGUGUGGUUAUAACACUUCUUUGUUAUGUUAGCUGUGAAAUAGGAGAAUAAAAGUCUUCGAUUUAAUUACAUAACACGCAGGUAUGUGAAAAUUAAAAGACAGAUUUAUCUCCAUGAGGAAAAGGAAAGGUUAUAACAAUUAUCAGUUUACUGUAAUCAGUAUUAGCGCAGUGACGUCAUCACCAGCAGAGGUUCCCGAGUGUUUCAUAACCGCCGGAGUCGGCCUUGACUUAUACAGGAGCAAUUAAUCCUUCAAAAUAAGAGUUACAAGGGUUUCUUCCCUGCAGUGACCCUUGGUUUCCCGACUGUCUCCACAUAUUUACUGCUUCAGGACCCUCAUUCUUCACAUUUUGCACAGUGAGGUUUACUGGGUGACACCAGUAAACUACUGGUUUGUAGAGGAGAUGUUUACUGGACGGGGCAGGAGUCCAACAGUGCAAAGGAAACAACCCGACAUGAGAUUAGGAGAUAAUCGACCACGGAGACGACACUGUGCUGUAGAUAACUGUGUCAGUAUCAAAGGGAAAUAAGCAGACAUGUAUCAUGGUACAUGGACUACUCAAAGAUGACUUUAAGGACGUUAAAAACAACUGAAAUAUGGACGAAUUAACGACUAAUUAACUCAGUUUGAAGCAGAAAGAACCAGGUAUGAGUUACAGUAAAUUGGCAACAUUUGACCAAACAAAAUAACAAUAUAACAAUAAAAGAACAAUACAUAAUACUGUUAUGAUAUGAUGAUAUGAUAUGAGAAGAUAUAAUAGGAUAUAAUCAGAUAUGAUAAGAUACGAUCAGUUUCAGUUUGAUACGAUCAAUUCGAUCUUUCCUUUAAUCAAUUUAAAAUUACGUUAUCACAUCAGUAAAACCCUACAAAACAUUUAUAGUCUGUUUUUUCCCCUCAUAAAGGUCCUUACACACCAGGAACGACGCAAAUAUACGAUGCGAAAUUACAAAAUAUUCAGAGGUGAAUUUUGACGCGCCUGACUAUAAACAUCAAGUGUGAUGCAAAGUAAUGGAAGCUGUUGUUCACAUUGACAAACUGCAGUAAGUUUUGCUAUAAGUCAGAAAACAUACAGCAGAGCAGUUUUGGAAAAGACGUAUUAAAAAACACUCAAAGCUGUAAAUAUCUACGAGCAGCAGGGAGGUGUAAAGACAAGACAACAACAAGUCUGUUUAUUGCUGUCACGGAUCAAAGUCUCAGACUCUGAUCUUCACUGAACUCAUUUCUUUCUUCCUCUCUGUCUCUGUCUCCGCCGUCUGCAGGGCGUUCAAAAUCAACGAGCUGAAGACCGAGGUCACAAACCGUCUCGCCAUGUUGGAAAAGAGGGUCGAGUGUAAGUCUGUCUGAUUAUAAACAACACAUACGAGUGUGAUCAGCUUUAAAAUAUAAACAAGAGAAAGACUUGAUCUGCAGUUACUCUUCUGAUGUUAUUCAGAGAUGCUGACAGCUCAUCUCAGCGAUCAGACACAAAACAAGAGCAGAUUAGUGUCUUAGAGUAACAGGAUGAGUAUGGAUGGAGUUUUUUAAGCAUGUUUGCACCAUCUGAACAUGAUUUUAUUGAUAUAUAUCCUUGUGAUUCACACGUCUUAGUGUGUCAGCUAAAUAAAAACUGCAGGUGUUUGAAGUUAAAGCUCCACGCAGUGAUGUUUAGACUGAUGAUGUUGAUGGUGGAUUAAAGGACGGUCGACCCUCAUGCAUGCCUUCAGUGCAUGCUGUCUGAACUUGUGUUCCUGCAGAGUUUAUGAUUGUGUGAUUAGAUAAGUUACUGCUGUGUGGGUUAUGUGGUCUGCUAACUCUCCUCUCCAGAGGCUGUUGACCUCCUGUUAUUAUUAGAUCUACUGAACAUUGACCACUUUUUAACCCCUUUACUGUGAAUUUAGGAUCGUCUCAUCACUUUUACGGCGCUCGGCGCAGCGUCUGACUCCUCAGCUGACCACUAUCACUGUUGUGGUUUUAUGAACUGCGAGGAGGAAGUUCGCUCGUCUGAGGCUGCCGACUCGUUAACUCCUCAGCUCAGUUUGUACCUGCUGUCGUUUCGGCCCUCGGGAAGAUAAACUCCAGUUAUAAAACGCAAUCAAUAAAGGCGUUAUGAUAGAUCGCCAGACUGCGAUGAUGCCCCAUCAUGUGUUUUUUAUUAUUAUUUAAUAGGUCUCAGUGUUCCCAGCAGUCCAGCCGGUGAAGUAAUCGGCCACAGGAACAUUUAAUCAGUGAUUUUUCGAACCCUUACAUCCCUCCUGGUAGGGCUGAGAUUAAAGAUAAAGGUCAAGUUUAGUCGGGUGGUUAAAUAUUAAGUCUGAACAACAGAAGGGAAGCAGCUGCAGGUCAGAUUAGUUUUUUUUAAAUGGACUAUUUCAUCGUUUUCUCACUUUGAGCAUAAAAACGUUGAAAAAACUCUUAAUUUUCUCCUUUUUCCUGCAUGUUGCACGACAAGCAAACUCCAAAUCCUCAAAGGUUUUUAAAACAUUUAGUUUAAUUUGUGUUUUUAUCAGAAUUUUUGCAGGAUCUUGAAAAAGGACGUCUAAUUAUGAUGUAAAGAAAUUUGCACUCGAGAGGAAAACCCAUGUCAUGACGCAAACCUGCUGGUGUUCCCUCGACCUCCGCACACGACCGCGUUGGCGUUUCUACACGUGUGCAGGCAGCAUGUGAUGCUCCAUCUCCCGUCAUGCGUUCACACACACACCAGACCGCGUGUCAUCGCACACACACACACUCCUCGGCGUGUCACAGAGUCUGGUCGUCAUCUCUCCGAGUCCUCCUCGCGUGUGUCGACAUGUGAUGCUGCAUUUUCAUACGAACCCUUCUUUCUGUCGCCAAGACGACAUCACCUGAGCCUGCUGCUGUCACCAUGGUGAUUUCCUUGACUUGACUGUAGGCAGAAUCAAACUGUGAACCUAUCAACAGGUGUCAGUGUAGGAAGAGACAGCGCGGAUGUCCGGAGAGCUGUGAAUGUUAUUUUUAAUUGAUGAUCACUUUAAAUAGAUCCUGAUCUGAUCAGAAAUUCUUUAAUGUCUCUUUAGAGCAUUUUGGUUUGCAACACAGAAAGGAAGCAUACAGCAGAAAUAAUGUAAAUAAAUACAUAUGAACACAGAGAGUUGUUCCCGUCAGUCUCACCUACAGCUUAUUUUAAAAAACCAAUGUCUGUUGGGACGAAGGAUUUGAGACACCUGUUUGAUUUGGCUCUGCGAGUAAAAGUGAAUCUUCUGUUUGACGGGAAAAGCAGAAAUUCUGCGUGCAGAGGAUGGAGGGGGUUUGCUGUGAUGAUGUGGUUCUUCUAGCUUCGUCGAGCAGUGACCUUCAGCUCUUGCGGCGUCAGCAGUGAUGCGGACGCUUAACCGAUCAGUCGUGGUGAAGAAAGAGCUGAGCUGUAAGGAGAGACUCUCGAUUUACCGGUCGAUCUACGUACCGACUCUCACCUAUGGUCGUGAACUUUGGGUAAUGACUGAAAGAACAAGAUCGCAGAUACAAGCAGCCGAAAUGGGUUUCCUCCUCAGGGUGUCCGGGCUCAGCCUUAGAGAUAGGGUAAGGAGCUCGGACACUCGGGAGGCGCUCAGAGUAGAACCGCUGCUCCUCCACAUCGAGAGGAGUCAGCUGGUUAGGACGCCUUCUGGACGCCUCCAGUUAGAGGUUUUCCAGACAUGUCCCACCAGGAGGAGACCUCAUGGAGGGAUUAUAUCUCUCACCUGACCUGAGAGCGCCUGGGAAUGGCCCCUAAAGGAGGAGCUGGUAGAAGUGGCCGGGGUGAGGGCCGUCUGGGCUUCCCUCCUGAGGCUGCUGCCCCCGAUAGAUAGAUACUUUAAUUAAUUAAUCCCAGAGGGAAAUUCAAAAUAUUCAAAAGAUUACCAAACCAACAUAUCAUAGAAAAGGUUCAAAUGGACGCCAGGAUGUCAUCCAGGAUGGUACCUCAAUAUUUGUACUGACUGACGACUUCUACAGCUUUAAAAUUAACAAAGGUUUGGGCAGGUGGAUUGAUCAUGUGAUCUAAAAGACACAGAAAAAACUCUCAAUACAGAGUCAAUUUUUUCCUGUCCUCAAAUUAAUAUCUAGAAAUGUCACUGAGAGGGUCGGGCUGCACAAUAUCUGACAUAAAAUAACAAGAUUUUUCUCCUUGUGAGGUUUGAAAAUCCAGAAAUUGAAGUCCUAAAACUUCAACAACAAAAUUAUCAAUCGUAUUAUAAUUCUGAUCUUUUCGUCUAUUUACUGCAGUCAGAUUUAAUCCUCCUGUUUAUAUCAGGCUGUUGUUCAUCAGCUUUAACACCAACAUGCAAAAACAGAGUCUAAACUCAGGACCUUCUUCUGUCACAUCACUGUGACAUAUUUGCACGUGCGUGUUUAAACUCUGAUCAUGUGACACAGAUACAGAGCGUGUAGACGCUGAUGCAGCCGGGCUUUAACUCUCUUUCUCACAUUGUGCGAUAGUCCGGCUCCAACACGCCGUUUAUUCUGAAAUAACAGAGGAGUGAAAUGUCUCUCGGCGCCACUUCUCUUUGUCGGUAUUCAAAUGAAGAUCAAAUUGCGACUCUGAGGGCUGAAAUCGACACUUUUGAUCCCGUCAAACUCUCAGAAACUGAGCUGACUGAUCUGAGUGGAGAGCCAAAACUCCAUCAUGAAUUAAGUCGGUUUUAUUUCCGAGCGCCCACUCGCCCUGACAGCCUGUACUGGAGUUGUAGUUUCACAUCUGACGCACUGCCACUUCACACGGGCAUGCCAAUUGCCUCGAUACCUGGUUGCUACAGCAACAGCGUGGCGCCCACACAGAUACUCCAUCCUCUCAUCACUUUGGUCGCCAUGGUCACCAAUUCUAACGGGAGCUGGAGUGUUGUCGGAGGCGACCUUUUCUGUUUAAGUAGGAGGAGGAGGAGGAGGAAGGAUGAAAGAGCGAGGAGGCAGACAGAGGAGGACGCCGAGUCACCGAGAGAGUCCAAUCAACCGACUCUCAGACAUCCUCCAACCCCCCGCCGCUGCUCUCCGGCUCCAGGUUUAGAUGAAAGUGAACUUUAAGAGGCACUCGCAGAGAUUUCAGCAGAAAGUUUUCAUCUUAACCAGCUGCAGAAAAAUGCAGACAGACAAACUCAAACUCCAGAUCAGAGGCCGCUUAAAAAAUGGAUGACAUGACGGCGGGGGGCGAGGGCGAGCUCCAGCAGGGGCGUAUCGACCUCAUGAGCCGUUUAGUUUAUCUGAGUCGAACUCCAGGCGCUCAAAGUAACUUCAGACAUGAGGAGGCAGAAAAUAACCUGCAGGUGAAGGUUUUAAAGUCAUAAUCUGUGUUUUUAUGUUUGUUUGCAGUGGAGGGGAUGAAGGUGGUGGAGAUCGAGAAAUGUCGCAACGACAUCAAGAACCUGCGGGAGGAGAUGGCGUCGAGAAACAACAGGUGAGAGACUCAACAGACGCUUUAGUCCUCAGGGGGAGGGACCUAACAAAGACAUAACGAGUUCAGAAGUUACUCUUCAGCUCCUUUUCUCAUUAACGAAGUAUCAGGGGAGCGACAGAUGAUCCUGAUCGACAGGUUCACAGAAAACCGCCUCAUUUAACUCUAAUACGGUUUAUAUUCACAGUGUUUGUGGUGAAUUCAUUAUUGAUCUUCAUGCUGAGACUGCAGCGACAUUUUAACAUAUUUAUCCUGAAUGUCUUUUAUUUUUUUAACUAUAGAGUCUGAUAAGAUUUAAAAAGAGAAGUUAUAUAAAUAAUGCUUUUGUAAAUAAUUUAAAUUCAAAUAUUUAAUGAUUAUUUAGGCGUCCUUUUCGUCUAUAAACUAACUCUCAUUCUUGAAAACCACUUUAAAUUUAAUCAACCAGCAGAAAUAUUGGGAUAUAUUAUUAACUGUACUUUAACUUUUUCAUUUAUUUUCAUAGAGAUCAAAUUUUAUUUUACAUUUUAUUUCAAUGAAACCAUCUAAACAGGUUUAUUACUGACCAAAUCUCUGAGGAAUAUAGUUUUGCUUCAUAUUUUCUCCUCUAAUCUAACAUCUGAUUCAUCGAGCUAUGAGAAAUGCAUGACUGCAAACAGACUAAAUUAGGGUUAGGGUUAUGAGAAAGGAGAAAUCAAAGAAAGUAAAUAAAGUCAGAGUUUUACAGACAGAUGUUUUCUUUUUACUUGUAGUUUCCGAGAGAGUAAAACAUCUCAGAUUUAGACGCUUGAAAAUCAAAUAACUUUUUGUUGACUAAAACUCGACUAAUGUUUUGACUCUUUAAAACUAUAAAAGACAAAAAAAAGACUGAAGUUUGACUAAAACUAAGAGACAAUUUGUCAAAAGACUCAAAACCUUAUCUAGAAUAACUGUCAGUAUCUUGUGGAUAGAAAAAGUAUCGUGUUUGCAGAAGUUUGUAUUAUUACCUGACUGAAACAUUCGCUAUCCACAUGUUAUUAACUUGUUUGCAUAUAUAUGUUGCAUAAAUAUCUUGUACACACAUCUACAUUUUGUGUCCUCAAGUUAUAAUCUUUUAUGUUUUUUUUUUUUUCCAGUAACUUUCUUGAAGACAACAAGAAGCUGACUCCUCGCAGAGACGUCCCCUCAUAUCCAAAGGUAAGUCUGCGCAAACGCACAUUCACUGUUAACAGCUGUGUGUUUCAGUCAGAGAGAAUACCAAAAUAUAAAAAUAUUAUAUGUUGUUCAAAAUACAGAAAAGAUGGGAAAAAAAAGGUCAGGUUUAGUCUGUGUCUGCUAAGAAGAGGAUGAAACCUCUUAGCGUGAACGUGAAGCUAAUCCUGCAGAAUUUCCAUUAACCAGCAGGGGGCGACAUCAAAAGUUGCACGAAUAACCUUAAGAGUUAAACUUUUUCUGAUUGGCUGAGAACUACUGUCUUAAUGUUUGAGUAUUUAGACCUCUUACUUUGAUUUUUUCUGGUGCUGCUUUUCAAGCUAUUCAAAAAUAAUCCAUUAGCGUCUGUUUUCAAAGUCCAGAGUUUGGUAGAUGAUUCUCUUACCUGCACCACACUCCUGUAGAUUCAGUACGUCUGUGCAGGUUGGCUCACAUGCAUAAAUGCAAACAGCCAGAUUUUUUUUCCCUGUGGCUUUACUCUGACUUUUUCCUGACGGUAAAGUUUGUGCAUGAAGUAAAAAGCCAGAGGUGACAGUCGGGAAACUCUGCAUGAGAGAGUGGAAGAAAUGAUCAUAUAUUGAAGCUGCUGCUGUGUUCUGCACAUGAGCAUCUUUUUCAGACUCUGUUACAUGAUUUACUACAAAGAUGAUGCAAAAGUGAAAAACACAGGAACAGAUUUCGUAGUUUUGGAUACGCUGCAAAUAUAGUACAACAUAACUUCUGUAGGAUACUCUCAAAACUCCCUGAAACCUGUCCUGAAAUUCUGCAAAUAAGUCAGCUGCAAAGACUCUCCCAUUCAGAAAUGUUCAAGGUAGCAAACCUCUACACCUCUUCUCUGAAUUUGGUCACUUUAGGCUCUAAAAAGCGAUAAUCCCUGAACUGAAGGGUAAAAUCACAGUCGCUGCUUCCACCUCUGAUAGAAGUCAAAAUCCUUCCCCGGAAAUCAGGGCAGUAUUUUUUAGAGCAGUAGGUCAAUGUGAGUUAAUCAUAAUCUCGUUCUUUUCUGAACAGUCACGGAACAAAGAAUCACAGAAAUGUUCUUACCCUGAGUCGUGUUUACGGCUCGCACGUUCUCCGUCUUCGGUACGUGUUUGCUGCAGCAGUUGUGCAAGAGUUCAGGACAGCGAAUAGAACAUGACUCGCUUUAAUAUCACAGUAGGUGUGUGACGUAGUCUAGAGGUGUUUGCCCCGGGUCAGACGAGGUCAGACGGGGUUAACUGCGGGCUCUGUUGCUUGCAGUACAUGCUGUCUGCGCAGACCGUAGACGCUCUCAAAAAACCCGCCUUCGAUGUGUGGCUGUGGGAGGCCAACGAGGUAAGACUGACAACCCAGCUCAACCUGUCUCACCCAUGCUUCCCCUCUCUUCUCUCCCCUCUCUCCCCCCUAUGUGUGUGUUUGUGUUUGUGUGUGUGUGUGUUCAUGUGUGUGUAGUACCACCUCUCUAAGGAGACAAUAGAAGCUCUUAGAUUGCCUACAUUCGAUGCUUGGCAGUGGGAGCCAAACGAGGUGAGAAGAACAUCCUGAUUCCUCGACUCGUACCUUUAAUGUUCAAGGUCAUGACUGUUAAUAAUUACUGAUGAAUUCACUGAAGAUAAGGCGCCAAUAAUCAGUCUCUGAGCGUGGUAUUUAUUACCGCCAUGCUGUUCAGAGUUAUGUCAUCGCCAGGAUCAACUGAGCUGACUCUGCAACAACGCUCCUCUGUUAUAAUUACUGCUGAACAAUAUCUACAGUUAAAGUCAUGGUUGACGAUUUGAGAAGUGAGCCCACCCCCCACACACAAACCUCUCCCCUCUGUGCUCUACCAUAACUCCCCCCUAAACCUGUAUCUCCCUCCCCACGACACACCCCCUCUGACAGAGAAAGAAGGCGGCCGGCAGAAGAUCCUACGCUAGCUUCAAAUAGGAUCCAUUAUGUCGGAUUGUUAGUGACUAGCGGCAGUAAACGCCAGCUCUGCUAGCGAGCGCCGUCUGCAGCUGCCUGGACAGCUACGGUGUUGACAUGUCAGAGACUAAUAAGGAUGACCCGAUGUUUAUUCCACUUAGAUUCCUCGCUUGGUCACAUUUCCUCUUCGUCUCGUCUUCUAACUCCUGUAGCUAAGCUGCUACGCUACUUUUAGCCGCUCAGAGCUCAGAGGAGGGCCGGGAGAGUGGGAGGGGAUGAGUUGGAACUACGGGAGAGGGGUGUGUCGAAUACAGCGAGGUGAUUGGAUGGAGACGCGGAGCAGGAGAUUGACCAAAAGGAGCUGUCCGGUACAGAAGGCUCCCAUUGGUCAAUGUUUUUGCAGACCUGAAUGGAUUUUUUCCAUUCUUCUUUUCUCUUCACUUUGUGGAGAUCGCACUAUAGCACCAUGAUCGCCAUAGAAACGAGGUUCAUAAUAAUUACCAAUCUCUCCAAUCGUCAACCGUGUCUUUAAGGAGCAUCAUCUGCUAAAUACAUGAAAUCAAAAAAGUGACAAUCAGGCCUCGGUAGAUUGGAGCAGAAAUAAGUCAGACACAGUCCUGAUGAAUAAAUCAUUCGUCUUUUCAGAUGCUGAGCUGUCUGGAGCACAUGUACCACGACCUGGGUCUGGUCAAAGACUUUAAUAUCAACCCCAUCACACUCAAGAGAUGGCUGGUAAGAGCCGAACCCUCUGCAGAUUCACCUCUUCAUCAUAUUUGCUCGAUUAUUUCACACAUGCAGCUCUCAAACCUCCUGUUUUCUCUUUCUCUGCAGCUCUGCAUCCACGACAACUACAAAAACAACCCUUUCCACAACUUCCGCCACUGUUUCUGUGUCACUCAGAUGAUGUACAGCAUGAUCUGUCUCUGCAGCCUGCAGGUAAACCAGACCAGGUGGUUAAUACAGUUACAGUAGAAAAAAGUGAACUGUCCCUUUAAGUGUUAUUCCAGGAAUAAAAACAUUAGAAACGAAACGUGUUUGUCAGACGAGUGUAGGAGAGGAGUUUAUCUGUAGAGACAUGAGGGUGUUUGUGAAAUCUGAGGAAGGACAGAAAGAGGAUGAGGAAGAUGAGGGGAUUAACGGAGAGAGAGAGAGAGAGAGAGGAGCUCCUUCUUCUCCCUCUGUUGUUGUUCGGAGCGACGAUUCACUGGAGGUUUAAUUAUCUCGGCUUAAUGUCUGAUUAUAAAGAUCUGCACCGGUGUCUGCUAACCAGCUCACACACACACACACACUCUAACAGUCUCUGGGGAUCACACACACACACAUAAAUGAGACUUAAUUGAGGCGUUAACUAACAGGCAGGUGUGUGUUUUUCAGGAGAAGUUCACUCAGGUCGACAUUUUGAUCCUGAUGACGGCUGCUGUGUGUCACGACCUCGAUCACCCCGGAUUCAACAACACGUAAGACAAACACGCACUUUUUUUUUUCUCUCUCCUUCUGUAUUUUUUGGUUCAACAUUGUCUCCUACUUUCUCCUUCAGGUCACUUUAAAAAAGUUAGGUCCUCCUCUAAGCACUUUUUAAAACAUAAUUUAACUUUACUUGAUUUCUGAGAGUAAAUCCCUGCAUGCCUGCUCGUUUAAAGGUCCUGUGAGUAACUUUUGGAUCGUGUUUUGGCGCCCCCUGUGGACAAAGAGGUCACUUUCCUUUCUUUGCCCAUGUGACCUGUACAAAUAUAGAUUGUGACUUCUUGUAAAGAGUUAGAACCUGCUUAAAUUGAGCACUUUAGAAAGUAAAAGUCAGUUUUAGUGAGUCGACAAACUAGCAGUUUUAGACGUCAAAAUAACCGUGUCUUUUAGUCUACUUCACAGACCCUGAAGCUGCACAAUCAGACCCUCACAGUGAUAGAGAGACAGGCUGUAAUCAGCAGACACCUAACUCCCCCUCAUCUCUCUCUUUUUCCUCCAGGUACCAGAUAAACGCCAGAACAGAGCUGGCGGUUCGUUACAACGACAUCUCUCCUCUGGAGAAUCAUCACUGUGCCGUCGCCUUCCAGAUCUUCUCUCAGCCCGACUGCAACAUCUUCUCCAACUUUGACCCCGAGGCCUUCAAACAGAUACGACAGGUACGUCUCUGUUCUGAAGCAUUAGAGGGAAACAGGCGGGGUUACGAGGAGGAGGAGUUGGCUGAUGUUUCCUGACACGCUUCCUCCUGUCUCUCAGGGAACCAUCACUCUGAUCCUGGCCACGGACAUGGCUCGACACGGCGAGAUCCUGGACUCCUUCAAACAGAAAGUCGACAACUUUGACUACACAGACGAGGAGCACGUCACCUGUGUAAGAAUAAGAUGAUUCAUGUUACGGAGGCUGAAUGCAUCCUUCUACACGCAGUCUCUGACCUUUGACCCUGCUCUCUAUGCAGCUGAAAAUGGUGCUCAUAAAGUGCUGCGACAUCUCCAACGAGGUUCGGCCCAUGGAGGUGGCUGAGCCCUGGGUGGACUGUCUCCUGGAGGAGUACUUCAUGCAGGUGAGAGGGAAAUAUCUCAGUGUACAGUAUCACUUCAGAUCUGGUUCUUGUUUUCUGUAAUUUCAUCUCCCUUCGUACCCGUGUUCGUCUCAGAGCGACAGGGAGAAGGCCGAGGGGCUUCCUGUGGCGCCGUUCAUGGACAGAGAAAAGGUCACCAAGCCAACAGCUCAGAUCGGCUUCAUCAAGUUCGUCCUUAUCCCCAUGUUCGAGACCGUGAUGAAGGUGAGUGGACAAGACGGUGAAGAUGAUGACCUACAGAAUCACAAAGUUAGGGUCAGGGCAAAUGCUGCGUUCCAGAGCUUUAACAAUCCUCGCCAACCCCGACUUGAUGACAACAUCAUAAUCCAAGAUGGCAGCGCAGUGCAUUAACAGUAAAGAGUAACAGUGAAAGCUCUUGUAAUGUUUUAUUUAUUAGCACUUCUGUUUUGUUUUUGUGAAAUUAAAUAAGUGGUUUAUGUUGUACUUGUUUACAACUGGUAUAGCUAACAACAACAAACAACAGCUGACAAGGGCUAACAGUAGGCGACCAUCUUAGUUUUCCGACUUGUUAACUGGAACGCCGUCAACUCAGUUAUAACGUCAUUCCCAGCUUCGACAUCCGACUUCCGAGGUAACUGGAACGCAGCAUAUGCCUUUCAAAGUUAACACUCACUCUGUCAUAAAACUACAAUACCCAUGAGCUCUGUCUGCUGUCGCAAACAUUCAGUUCAUGUGAACUUUGGCGCCCCCUGUGGACAAAGUGAGUGGCUGUAGUUAGCUCUCUCCACAACGGUUCAGAUAGGUCUGGAUUUUCACAACAGGAAGUGUUCUAGUUUCUGUUUAGUAGUUUGUUUGUAGUCUGAUUCAGAUCGACCAAUCAGGUGUCAGCGGGAGAAACAGGCAGAACACAAUCCAACAAAUCUGACUAUAUCUUUACAAACUGAUAUUUGUAUUAAAGUGAAUCCUGCUGCAGAAUUUCUGGAUCUUUAACUGUAAAACACGAGAAAACCAGUUUCCUUUUUCGGGUUUGUACUGCAGAGACGAUCCAGAGUGAAGCGACUGUGUGUGUGUGUGUCUGUGUGUGUGUGUGUGUGUGUGUGUGUGUGUGUGUGUGUGUGUGUGUGUGUGUGUGUGUGUGUGUGUGUGUGUGUGUGGGCUGUUUUACUGAGUGUUUCUGUACAUAAAACAGAUGAAGAAAUGUGACGGAUCAAGAAAGGAAGGAGUUUAUGUUGGGGGAAUAAACAGAGCACAGAAAAGGAAGUCUGGGCCGGAGCUGGCCUUCAUAACUUCUGACUUAGAUCAGACUUGUUGUAAGGUUGGCAUCCAUCACCAGAGGCACGCAUCGCCUGAGGGUGAAGCUCUGCUGAUCUGGAUUUGGUCAUUUUAGGUUCAGGUGGUCUUUUUUCUCCUUUGUCUGUUGUUUUGUUGGUUUUAUUUGACCAGAAAGAAGCGUCUUAGUGUUUCAAAACCGACCUAAAACUCUUAAACAGGGUCUGUGAGGAAAAACCUGGCUGCCUCAAGUGGCUGAUGGAGGAACUGCAGUUUUAUAAACCUCUGUAUUCUGACUUUAAUGUGAUAUUUAUUUAAAGACACAGUAAUGAGUAAUAUUUGUGUGUGUGUGCAGCUGUUCCCACAGAUUGAGGAGGCGAUGGUGCAGCCGCUCCGAGAGUCCAGAGACCGAUACGAAGAGCUCAAACAGAUCGAUGACGCCAUGAACGAGGUCAGAGGGGUUCCUGCGCUCAUACUCACAUGGAGGUGUUUCAUUUAUUCAAACUGUGUCUAAUAAUAAUCAUAACAUGUUCUUGUAUUUAGGUGCAGAAGAAGAAAAGUGAGAAUCUGACCAUGGGAGGGAAGAAGAAGUAAAACUUUUGGAGGAGGUGAGAAGGAGCAGAAGUUCAGGAUUGAAGAUGAGGGAUGUUUGAAAACCUGCAGGUCCGAUGAUGAUGAGUGUGUGUUUGUGCAGAGCGUAGAGCACGAGUGCAGCAGUGUGGUGUGAAGUGAAGAUGUCAGACACGUUGGUCCUGGUCGGGCUGUCCUCUGGAGACCAGCAGAGGAGCAGCAGGAGUCCGAUCUGUGAUGCAGCAGAUCUCCGACAGCGUUACAAACCACAGACGGACCCGAGGAGGAGCAGACGGACGACCCCAAAGCUAUUUUCAGGAAGUGUCAACAUUUGUACAGCACAAAACCUUCAGUGAACAAUAUUUAGAUACAGAACUUUUGUUUUUUAUUUGAAAUGUGUUGUUUUUUACAUAUUGUACAGAUUUUUAGUGACUUUUGUUCUUUGCUACAAAAAAUAAAAGAGGUACUUUAAUUACAAAACAAC